UAUUCUAUUCUCAGUUAGUUUUCAAAAUCAAAACCACAUCUGACUCUCACUCUCAGUGCUUUGAAAGGUGAAAUCUCGUCUCCAUCCUCCUCAAUUUCUUACUCUGCCUCUUCGAUCUCUCCUCAAGAUAGAAACCACAAUCACGUGUUCUGCUCUGAAGUUUUGAAUCCGCCUUUUAAUCCUCUUCAAUCUCUUGCUCUGACUCUUCGAUCUCUCUUCCGCCACUGUCAUCGAAGCCUUCAUCGUGCCAUCGUCACCGUCAACGUGAGUUCUCUACUCUAGGAUCUGAAUUGGAAACUCUUAAGAUUGAUUUGAUAGGUUCACAAGUCUUUCAUGCUAGUUCUCUUACCUGAUUGUGCCUUAAGCGAUUCAUCAAUAUCAUGCAAUGGAGUUUCUUAUUGCAGAUCGAAAAAGAGAAACUUCAACAACACAAUGCAUUUAAGGUGUUUGAAGAAAUGCCUCACAGAACUUUAUGUCACUAUAUAUCUUAUUAAAAUGAUGAGAUCGAACCAGAAGGUAUGGUUGUUUGAAUGAUAAGUGAAAUGUUCUCAUUAUUAAGUGUAUGUUACUCUUGCCUUCUUUCCCUUUAUUGCGGAAGUCUUGAAUAAAGCUUUAUAUGCUACAUACAGGUUGCUGUUGAUGGUAUCUGGAAAGUGUGUCCUCGGGCUGGUGGACCCAUUCAGUUUCCUGGCUUUAAUAGAGAAUAUUACCAUUCUGUUUGCUUACACAUUGAUGUUAGAUUCCCAUUGCAUUGAAAACUUAUCAUCCUUCAUUGUAUUCUCCCAUAGGUGAAUUAAUCUGCCCUGCAUACCAUGAGCUCUGUAACACAGCCCCAGUGGCUGUGUCUGGGCAAUGUCCCAAUGCGUGUAACUUCAAUGGAGAUUUUGUUGAAGGACGCUACAAUUACUUCUUGGAUUUCAUGGUCAUGAUUGUAGUAAACAUUCCUUCCCCAGCCACUACAAUGACAAUGGCAUCUAUCUCUCAAAUGGAGUUUGUGAAUGUAAAGCUGGCUACACUGACAUUGACUGUUCCAUCGCCUUUCAGUUUGUAAAGAAGUGCUGGGAAAGGGUAUUUCUGGGCAGCAUUGUGCACCUAGUGAACCUAGUAUCCUACAGCAGCUAGAAGAAGUGGUUGUCAUGCCCAACUACCACCGACCAUUUCCUGGUGGCGCAAGGAAAUUAUUUAAUAUAUUUGGGAGUUCCUACUGUGAUGAGAAUGCAAAAGUUGAAGUGGCAGCUGCUGCGAGCCAGCUAAAUAGAGCUGAAUCUGAAGUGAAAGCUCUUCGGGCAAUGACACAGAAUGAUAUUAACUCAGAAAAAAUGGAGGAAGUUGUUCUUAAGAAGUGCUGGCUUGCUCGGUAUUGGGGUUUAGUUGCAAAAUAUGACAUCUGUGCAGAUGUUGCAAUUUCAAAGUAUGAACUUUGGUCAUCAUUAGCCCCUCUUCCUUUUGAGUUUGUUCUUUCUGCAGGACAAAAAGUUAAGGAGAAAUGCUGGAAAAAAAGGGCGUUGCGGUGGUCAGCAGUCGUGUGAAUCGCGAGGGAAAGGAGGGUGAUGAGGUGGUAUGCGUCGUGCGAAUCGCGAGGAAAAGGAAGUGCGUCGGUAGAAAAUUGGCGGGGAUGCGCGACGCGAGGAGAGAGCUGCGGUGGUUGGCUAAGCGGAACGGCGCAAGGGAGGGAGCUGCAGUGGGCAGAGGCGCCACACGUUGGGACAGAAGGAGUUGUGGCGUUCGGUGCGGCUGCGCAACGCAAGGAGGGGAGCCACGGUAGCUGGAAGCACUGCACGUCGCGACAACGGAGAGGACCCGACCACUGUGAAUAAUUAAACGGAAAAUCAACCGUUAGAUUCUUUUAUCAGAAGUUCUGAUAUCAGGUCCUAAAAAAUAGUUAAACUAUAGAUAUAUAAGCGUAUAGAUCGUUAUAUAUCUUGGAGCUUUGAUGAUUGAAUAUGCAUACUUGUAAGCUUGAUUAAUAUACUCGUCAAGUUUAAUUUAUUUGGAAUAUAUUUCUAUCCCAUGCAUUCUCUAAUCUGAAAAAUAAUAUUCUCUGUAGUCUGUGUGAAUUUACCAAAUAAAAUAUCAUGUGAUAAUAGGUGAUGACUGAUAAAGUUCUUCGAACCUUGUGAUAUAGAGUAGUUUUCUAUGAAUUAGUUUAAAUGAAUUAAGAUUAAAAAAAAAUUUGUGAUGCCUUCUAAAUUCUUGUCGAAUCUAUUUAAGCAUGACCAAUUUUUAGUAAUAAAAAAGAAAUGAUAAAUAAAUCUUAUUUUUUUUUAUGUUUGUGUUAAACAACUUAAUUGUAGGAACCGUAAUAAUAACCUAAAAUUAAAUAGAAAAAUAAGAACCGAAAUGUCUACCCUAAUAAUUCGUUGUUUUCAAUAAACACAUAAGUCCAAGACUUUGUGACUCUCUGUAGUUGCUA